AUGUCAAACAUUCUUGCUUCCUUCACUCUAAGCAAAGCUCAGAUCCAAUGGUCUCAUAUGAAGCCUGAACGGAAUGUCCUCUCCGUAGAGGUUUAUUCCAGCAUUGCGUCUUGUGGACUCAUCACUUUUGCGGGUGUGAAGCUGAUUGGUCGCUUUAAGGUUUUGCUGGAUUUGAAGAUGGCUAAGACAAAGAUGUGUUUGGCUCACCACGGCUGGGUUGCAUUGAGAACUAAUAAAAAAUUAAAGAAUAUGAAGAACCCAAAGCUCCACUUUAGCGUCCGGGUAGAACCUGACCAGAAAUUUAUGUUUGAGUUUGACCGCGAGCCCGAAUGUAAUCCCAAGGUUUUUUCAGAUACAUGGAAACAAGAAAGAAACUGUUUUCACAUGCAAGUUUGGAAUAAAAAACUUGGCGAAUCUUACUAG